AGUCUGAUGUCAAACCCGGAAAAGGAAGAGCUGGUAAGGUUAGUGAGGAGCACACUGCUGGGGGAGAAAUGGCAGAAACAGGCCUAGGUGCCUUCUGUGUGGUGAAAUCCCUCUUCAGAAGUUCAGCAGCUGGUUUUGUGUUCGGACAAGCUGCCUCAUUCUCAGUCCAUCCCUCUCUGACUGAAGACGUUACCCUACUGAACUCUGCCACUCGAGCCACUGGACGUGCUGGUUCAACCGGUGUAGCAGUGGUGACGGCAUGCCUUGUGUUCACUUCAGCACUCCUGUCUCUUGGAGCCGGUUUUCUCCUCUGUGCCCUGGUACUGAAGCUGCUCACUAAGGCCGAAGUGAGCCUCCCAUGGCUGGUGGGCCCCAUAUUGGGGGCCUCAGUUGCCGUGGGCACAGUCGCCACCGGAGUGAUGGAGGGCAUCCUUCCAACAUGGACCUACAUUGUGGCUCAGGGCAUUCUGGUUCUUGUCGUGUACUCUUACUCCAACAUCAGUGACAUGACAACAGCUCUGUUAAUUAUCUUUACCACUCUGUACCUCAGUGUUAUAUUUGGAAAGUUAGGGGCCAUAUUCGGCUUCUUUUGUUUGGGAGUGACCAUCCUUGUUCUCUUUGCUCUACGACGAACUCUUACAAGAGGGUCUGUGCAAGAACAGAACUCUAAAAGUGGGUGCAAGUUGUUGGAGAGAAUCUUCUUCUAUUCUGUUUUUGUGGGGAUUUUGGGUUUUUUCGUUGGCUUAGGGGCAGGUGGGGCAGAAGAAGGCACUAAAGAACAGGUGGUAUUAAUGCUACAGUCAGUGGUUUGGGUCGUCUUUCUGUCAGCAGGGCUUCUAGGAGCUGGCCUAGGAACAGUGGCAAUGGUUUCACUUGGAUCAGAGUUUCCUGGGAAGCUUUCUGUCGGAGCUGCUGUAGUAACAUCAAUGGCCUUAAAAGGUGUUCUACUUUGGAGCGCCACUCUUGGGCCCAGAAGCUGUUUAGGAGCAACUUUAGGGGCAACCACAGCUGCAGGGGUGUCACUUGGUGCUGCAAGUGUGUCAGCAAAGCAAAGUUUUGGGUCCAGGAACUCGACCCUCGUACUUUUAGGUUCCGUUGUCAUUGGUGUACUCAUAGCCAUCAAGGUUCCCGGACUGACACCAACACAGCUAACAACUUCCGAACUCAUAACAGUGACAAUCACUGCUGUUGGAGCAUUCAUCCUGGGUGCACCAAAGAGCCCAUUCAACACUCAAGUGCAUCUGCGGCAGGGCCUUCUCACGGGGGGAGAUCUAAUUAAAGGAAUCGGCAUGGAGACGGUCACCGCAGCAGCAGCCCCUAUUGGAGCUGGAGCCCUGGGGGCCGCGGCAUUAGGCACGGCAGCUCUGGGGAUGCUGGGGACUGUAGGAGUUCUAGUGGCUAUAGGGUUGGCCUUGGGAAGCGCUCUCAGUGGAAUGUUAGGAAAAUCACCAUCGACAACCAACACACACAGAGACUGAAUGACAACUGAGUCUAAGUCCUUUUCUACUACUGCAACCAAAUUCUUGAGUUCUGUUAGUAAUGGUUUGUACCAGCAAAGAUCAACUCUGUUAUGUUGAAUCAUGUUUUUUGUGCAUACAAAUGUGAUAUUUGUGUCAUUAAAACCUGCUGUUUUGUCCACCGGUAA